AUGGCUCCUGUCAAGAACAACAAGGGCAAGGCUCCGGUUACUGAUGGCCCAGCUGCACGUACCAGGUCUGUUACUAGAAACCAGGCGCCAGAAACCUUGCCUGCAGCUACACAGGCGUUGCGCAGGUCGCGGGCACCCAGACGGGAUACCAACCCCGACACUCCAGCGUCAUCUGCAUCCGUGCAAAGGCCACAGGCUCGUUCUGAAACGGCGCAGAUAACCAGACCGACCAGCCGAUCCGGAAGCUUCUUGUUCAACUCCUUCGCAAGCAUCGACGGCUGA